AUGGCAGCAUGCAACGAGGGUUUUCGCACCGGCUGCGGUCUGACUGCAACCCUCGAGGUGGAUCAGAUCCCGUUUACACAGCAUAAAGUUGCAGGGUUGAAGCCGAGAGGUGGAUUGAGACCUGCAAUUCUGGUGGAUUCAAGCGGCGGCUUCAACCCGGCUUCAAUCCUCACUGGGAUCCCGUUUACACACAUAAAACUGCAGGCUUCAACCCGGCUUCAAUCCCCUCGCGGCUUCAAGCCGGCUUCAACCCUCGAUGCGGAACACUGUGUAAACACGUACCCUGAUGCCACCAUGCCUGUGUCUCUUGGUGAAUGGCGUGUCAGGAUUGGCACGUUCAUGCGACGUCGGAGGAAAGAAUACGACUACCACUACUUUUGGAGGAAACUUCACAACUUAAUGAAAAAAGCCAAGAAUGCUGAGCCACCCAAAGAAAACAACAACCCUGAGUGUAACAUCUCAUCUCGCACUGGCUCUUCUCCCGAUGCGAAUAGAUCUCCAAGUUACAAGGCCCGUCAGUCUGCAUCUUCUGCUCAAACAGGGUCUUCACGUGACGUCAACAAUGGCAACGGUAACGCAAGCUCACCGACUCUCUCACAAUCUGACGGCCCAAAGUGUGAUACUGUCAGGGAGAGUGGAUUCCCAUGCGAUGUAAACAACCCCGGCCAUAACGAUGUCUCUCACUCUGAGUCUUCAUGUGCUCAAAACAGUGGUUCUUCAAUUGAAAAAGAGACCAACCCUGUCCCUUGUACCACUGACGUGACAAUUCCAGUUCCCCAACCCUGUGUAGAAGACAAGGAGGAAACUUCAGACUCUGUACCGUCGGGGAAAGAGGACCAAUCAUCGGACCUAUCACCUAAACACAGGCUAGAUACCACGAAUAAUACCGACCCAAGAACAUCAUCUAUCAUGGAAGUAAAGGAGUAUCAUGAUUCCCGGAUCUAUCCGGUCCUCGGAUCAGGGACAACCAGUGGUGAAGCAGAUGAAACUAAAGGGAAUGACUGUCCAGACAUGACCAACAUACUUCUAUUGAGAUCCGGUGAUGUAGAACAAAACCCUGGCCCAAAUGAUAAACCUGGGAACCUGACCGACCUCGAACUAUAUCUCCUUGCUGACAGUAUGGAUCCAUCAGAUUUCAGGAAGGUCGGACUAGCUUUGGAAUUCACUGAGGCUGAACUAAGUCGGUUUGAGAAAGAUCAGAUGGGCAACACUCUGUAUGCUAUCUAUAAGAUGCUUUACGAAUGGCGGAAGAGAGUACGUGAUAGCGAGGCGAGGGAGGCGUUGGUGGUCACGUUACAACGAAUUAAGCUGGUACAGCUUGCUGAUAGCGUACAGAAAGGUCAGGUUGGUGAUCACAUACCGUCCCUGACAGAGAAGGAAAUCCAACGGGUUGCUGAAGAGGUCAAACACUAUUUGGCAAUUCAUCUAUGCCAGAUUCAAGCCGAUCCACUGAACAGUGAACUUGUACUUGAAUUCAAACGUAUCUUCACCAAUCUAACGUUGAUGGAAGAAGACAAAGGUACAAAACUCAAGACACCGCUUCUCUACGAUGACCUCCUCAGGACCAAAGUCAACGGAACCUAUCCCAAACGGUUGUUGGUAGAAGGUGAAGGUGGUGUAGGGAAGACCACUUUUUGCGCCAAGAUCGCUUGGGAUUGGAUCCACGGAAAAGCCUACCAAGAUUUCAAACUGGUUCUUGUCAUCCUCCUUCGCAAGACAGAGGGCAAGACUGUUGGAGAGAUAGUGAAGUCGUAUCUUUCUGACAGCAAUCCCGUCACAGCCAAACAGCUAGACAAGCACAUCCUCUCAAAUCCGGAUGACGUCUUUCUUGUCUUGGACGGCCUAGAUGAGUUUGCUGUCGAUCUUGACAGCAAUCAGCAAAUCGCCCUGAUCACUCUCAAUCAUCUGUUCAAGUCAGGGACAGUACUAAUCACAUCGAGACAAUGGAGAUCAGAUGAGAUUAGGAAGAAUGCCGAUCUCAGAAAGGUGUUUGCUUUCAUUGCUGUAGAAGGUUUCUCUGCUGAAAACCUCUCUUCUUACAUCACCAAGUUCUUUCAUCCAGAUGCAGCUUCCUCUGAAGAUCUGAACCGAUUCAUAUCGAACAACGAUGUGAUCAGAGAGAACAUGGCUCCCUACCCCAUAUACACAGCCAUGCUGUGUAUCAUGUGGAAAGAGUUUGAUGGAGAGCGCCGAGAGGCAAUGUCCAAGCUGCAAACAUUUUCCCAGCUCUUCAAUCAGAUGAUUGACUUUUUAGUUGAUCAUCACCUAUCAAAGCACAUUCCAUCUUCAGGUAUUGUUGGAGGCAAAUUAAGUGAGCAUUGUUCAGAUAUUCGUCAUCACCUGAUUCACAUCGGCCGCAUUGCCUUCCAGGGGCUUCUCGAAAGACGGUUAGUAUUCGCAGAAGAAGAGUUUCAGAGCUAUCCAGAGUCCAUCGAUGUAGGUUGUAAAGUUGGUGUACUCACCAGAGAGAAGAAAAUUCUUCCGAGGCGAGACAGGAGAAACACUCCAAAUUCAGUAGUCCAAUCAGUGCAGUUUCCCCAUAAGCUCUUCCAGGAGUAUCUAUCAGGAAUGUAUCUUGCAUCCCUUUACCAGUCAAACCGUAAUGAGUAUUACAGGUUGAUAGCGAAUAUCAUAAAGGAAGCAGUGGAAUACCGGUACCUAUUGUACUUUACUUCGGCUCAGCAGAAGGAGGUCGGCUUGGAUAUCAUAUCUCCGAAGACCAAGCAGUGGCCAUAG